AAUUAUCAAAUGGAUUCGUCCAUAAACAAAAAAAGUUGGAGUGAUUUUGUAAAACCCUAGCUCGGUCGAACACUACUUUUAUUAAAAUACCCUUAAUAAAUACUUAGCAUUAAAUACUUUGAAGAGAAGCGGAAAUAUAACAUAUUAAAUAAUACUCAAAAUAUGAACAAUCAUGAAAUACUUGUCUUAAUAAACAUCUUUCAUAAAACCGCAUCAAGUCUCUCGUCCUACUAAGGUAUACCCAAAGUUAACGUCUUCUUGUUGGAGUCCUCUGGAGCCAUUGAUCCUUGUCAGGAGCUGCUGAAUUUCUGAGCGUUCUUAUGGAGCUUCUAUGAUCCCUGAAUGCAAUCGAUGGGGUCAGUCCAAAUUCUAAUUUCGUUGUCAGACUUAAGAGCACAAUAUGCACAUGCGAUGCUUAUGAUACGUUAUUGGGUACAUUACUGUUAGUAGUAUAUUAUUAUUAUUAUUAUUAUUAUUAUUAUUAUUAUUAUCACUUAUAAUCUUUUCUCCUUACUUAACUUGAAAUGGGAUCCCGCCCUCGACUUAACUAACACAAGCGUCUGGCACCAUCGUACAUGAACAUAUAUAACCUCCUCAUCUACAAGGAGUAACAUAACAUACCUCCCCAUCUAUAGGGAGUAAUAGUGACCACUUCCGGCACCGAUCAUGACAUACAUAUCAUGAGCCCUCAUCUACAAGUAGGGCUGGUAAUCGGUGGGUUACCGAUUAACCGGUAAUCGGUCCCAGUUAACGGUAUACAGGAUUAGGGAAAACCACUGUCGACUACUGGUAUCGAAAAAUAGUCAGUUUACCGUUUACCGAAUAGCCGGUUACCGGUUACGAACCCGGUAACCCGAUAACCCCGGCAAUGAUAAAUUUUUCCCUGUGGCGAGUGACCAUUAUCAUGUCCUGGCCGCGACACCGAAACUGAAAUCGAGAGUGAAAAAAGAUUUGGCCUCGAGAUGAAGAGAGCGUCACCGCGCAAGGGAGUUGCAUGGCACUGGAUAUGGAUUCGAGAGGGAGAGCGAGUCGUCGGCGGUGUAUCCCGUAUCCGGAUCAAGAAUCGAGAGGGACUAAGCCCCGCCGCGCAAGGGAGAUAGCAUGUCGCCGGAUCUAGCCUCGAGAGGUAGAGAGAGCCGCCACGCCAAGAGUUUGCAUGGCAUCCGAUCUGGAAUCGAGAGGCAGAUCGAGAGCGACUCGUCGUAUUUUCCCACAAAAUCUGGAAUUGGGUUCUGGUUUCUCCACAACAGUGGCGGCGAAGGUGGGAGGAAUGGAGAAAGGCGGUGGUUGGGCGAGCACAGACGAGCCGACGAAGAACAGAGCUCUUUCAGUUUCAGCAGCUAUUUCCAGAUCUGGCAACGUAUCGAAGACCCUCUGAGAUGACGAAUCGGCGACGACGUGGUCCAGGUCAACGAAUCGAGAAAGAGAGGAGGAGAGGUUUCAUCUGUUUAUGGAUUUGAAGAGAAUUGUUUCUCGAUGGAGAUGGAGAGAGAGGAGAGAACAGAGGAGAGGACAGAAGGCAUUAAACUGAUGGAAAAAGUGGUUUUUGAUUAUAUAUCGGUAUAUGCAUUAAACUGAUUAACCACAGGUUAUUAACUGGGUCUGGUUCGGUAUACCAUCAGCUUUAUUUCCCCUACCGAAUACCGUAACCGCCCGGUUAACGGUUAACAAGUAAUCGCCUGUUACCGGUACGAUUACCGGUUAAACCGUUAACCAUAUAACCGUUUACCGGCCCUAUCUACAAGGUGCUCCUCAUCUAUAAGGAGUAAGGUGGCCGCGUGAGACUAGUUAAGGGAGGGUUCUUAUUUUUACUUAUUAACUUGAUAUUUUAUACGUACUUGCUUGAACAACCUUUCAUACCAUGGAGAGACAUACUUAAGCUUGUACUUGCUUACUUGACUUAAGAAGUUGAGCUUACUUAGCUGAUCUCCCGUACAAUGGGAAGAUAUAAGCUUAUUAAGUUGCACUUGCUUGACUCAUAACGUAGUCAGGGGUGUAGCCACAAAAUUAGUUAAGGUGAGUCUAUUUAUAAAAUAUAAAUAUAUUAAUAUUGAAAAAAUUAGUUAACGUCUCCCUCUCUCGCUUCAGAGUACUACUUAUAGACUAUAUUUAUUACUUAUUACCCAGCUAAUUAAAUAAAUUGCGCAUUGGCUC